CUUCAAGCAACUGUUCAAGGUUAAAUUAAUGACACCAUCUUAUGUUUCCCUCAUAACCGUGCAACUUUUGUCUGAAACAUUUUUCUUUAAAAUGUCGCGUUUACAAAAAAAUCGGGUGAGACGGGUGGUCUGAGAUACCCUGUGUAUAGGUAUAUAUAUAUAGCCAUCGGAGGUGCAGCGCGAUGCCUAGCGAACCAAAGCGAGACAAUAUUUGCAUAUCUAUUUGUGAAGUACGAUUCCACGCACUCUGUGGAAUGAUGCACGGACUCCUUUCGCCACAAUACCAGUAAAAGUCGGCGAGCGAACGAAACAAUGAGAGCUCUCGAAACAGACGAGGAGGUUUCGUCGGAGCUUUCAUCGGCAUCGUCUCGUGUCCAGAAGAAAUUUCCGAGUGAAAACAGUGAAGCUCGGCGACCAACCACCCUGCUGCUUCUUCCAGUCCCGCAGUUCUUCGGGGGAAAGAGGACUAGCGGAGUCGUCCCCGUUACAGCCUUUCCUCAUCUGCAUUUCGCUUUUAUAUACUUCGCUUUCUUUCUCCUUAUUUCCGCGCCGCGCCACGCCGUCUUUAUGUAGCGAGGCGAGGCAGAAGGAAGAAAAGCACUUCGCUCGCGCAGAUAUUUCACUUUAUGUAUACUUGACAUAUAAAAAUUUCAACUCUGAGAAUAAUUCGUGCCGUUUGUUAAACACAGCUUCAGAGGGUAGCAUUACUGUUAUGUUUUCGAGUAUAACCAACUUAAGGGCAGUGAGACCGAAUUGUAAAAUGAUCUUCCGGAAACCAUGAAAAUCAAUUCAAGUUCUCGUUGACAGAUCAGGCUAACAUGAGAGACGAGAAGUUCAACGUAUAACAUAAAAAAAAAUAAAAUAAAAGUCAAGAUGAGAUACGUGAAUUUGUCUUAAACGCCUGAAUUAUUUUUAAUAACCUUAAACGACAAAAUUUCGAGAUAUAUAUCGUUAAUAUUUAUAACGAUAAAGCUAAACAAUUUUUGAUCGUAUCAUGAAUCGUUAUACUGUGUGUCCAACUAACGCACAAUCUAUAUACGACGAAGUAUCGCAUGAGAUUGACAAGAACAUCUUAACCGUUAAAUUGCCUAAAGAUAAACAUCGCGUUCAAGCUGUGAACGAAGCUGUUGCCGAACCUAUCAUUGACGUUAGCUGUUUGGAUAAAGAUGGUAAGAAAUGCAAGAGAGGUUGUCCAAAAAUCAACGUCAUGCACAAUCAGACACCUACUCCGAAAAAACCAGAGGAAGAAAUGUUAUUUCUAAAAACAACGAGACAAAUCACUCUCACCAACGAUAUGAAGCACAGUCUUGAAGUGGAAUUCAAGUCACCGCGAAAUUAUAUCCCCUUACCGGAACCAGGAUCUCCCCCGCCCAUAAUUAUUCCGAAAGAACUUGUUAUCGCGAAGAAACUUGAGAAUAAAAGCAAAAAAAGAAGUAAAACAAUAAAGCAAAAAAAGAAGUAAAACAUCAAGCGAGACCUUUAAAUACCAUUUGUGAAAAAUAUCUUACUUUGUAAGUAAAGUCUGAAAAGAAACCCUAAUUUACAAUGUGCAAAGCCAACGACAGAUACUUGGAAAAGUAAACUCGUGAAUCCAAUAAAACUUUUUUACAGAAUAGAUCUAGAAUUUUUUGAUAAUACAUUAAAAAUUAUUUAAAUGAAUAUCAUAAAUGAUAAAAAUGGAUCGCGUUGUCUAGAAAUUGUCAUCGUUACGAAUUUUGUCUCGUACAGAUAAAACGAUAAUCAAAGAUACCGUGCAGCAUAGAUCGAACGAUUUCGACGCUACGAUCGAGCGUCUUACAGAUUUACGAGUUGCGAAACUAAAGUGUUCGCCACUUUGUCGAAAACACGGAGGCAUGCGCGAGAUCGAAUAACGGAGCGAUAAAUCACCGGUGUGGUAUUAUAUUCUUGCCCGUCUUGGGAAACAAUAGAUCAUAUCGCGUAUAUACGGAUACGCUGGUAUUAAACCGUUUUUGGGCCCAUUGUCGUCCACCGUCGCCGUGACGGCGGCGACCUUUUUAAGCCGCGCGCUUUAAGUUUCGCCCUCUCUCGC